AUGACAAAAGCAGAAUUGACCACCACAGCGAAAUCCAGUGCUCGGACUCCGAGUGGCCCCUCGCCUGCUCGCACCACUGCAUUCUCACUCGCAAGCAUCUCUGAAAGAGAAAAUGUCUCCUCAGAGACCACAGCUCCUCCUAGUCCAGGCAAUACUUCAACCCACGUAUCUCUGUCCUCUUUGGAUAAUGCCAGUGCUCUUAAAACAACAGGUGAUCCAACAGCGCAGACGCCUUACUUUUCCACGCAUGCAGACUCGCAGGCGUCCUCUGACAGAGCUGACACGCAGACACUCAGCAGCCAAGCUGCUCUUACUGCACUCACGCUUACUCCCGGCAGGAGUGACACAUCAGGUGUCCCAGGAGACAGGAGUACAGCCAGCACCUUUGCUGCAGACACAGCUUUCCCAUCAGUAGUCACCCUCAGUCCUGCACACAACAGCUCUGCUGGCUUACCUGCACUCACCUCCAACAUCACCACCAAAGAUGACUCCUCAGAUUCCAACGACACCAUGCUAUCCACUCCACGUCCUGAAGCUGUUGUCCAUACAUCCAUAACAACCACAAUGACAUCAGCCACAACAGUCACAACAACAGAGGAAAAAUAUCAAAGUAUCUCUGUGAACUACUCAUAUAACAGGACAAAUAAUACUUACAGCGCAAAGGUGGAUGCUUAUGAAGGAAAGAAAUGUGAACCUGAAAAUUGUAUGAGCCAAACGUUUCAUGGCCUAGGAGAAUGUGAACUUGUUGAAGUUAAAAUAUAUAAUAGUUCAUGUGCUUCAUCUAAGAUGGUAGAAUUAGCUGUACCACCAGAGCCUCAAAAGUUACACUUAGUUGAUUGUACAAAGGAAGAGGAAGCAAAUACCACUAUUUGUUUAAGAUGGGAAAACAAUGGAAACUUUGAUUGUACUGAAAGUCAAAUUUCAUACAAAUUUCAAUGUGAUAAUUCAACAUUUUAUGAGAAGCAAAUUGAAUUAAAAAACCUUGAACCCAAACAUAAUUAUACUUGUGAUUCAGAAGUAUCCUAUAAUCAUCACAAGUUUAUCAGUACAAGUAAAAUUGUUGAAACAGAUUUUGGAAUUCCAGGAGAGCCUCAGAUUCUGGUUUGUCGUAAUGAAAGUUCACACGGAGGAGUAAUCACCUGGAAUCCCCCUCAAAGUUUAUUUCAUAAGUUUACUCUUUGUUAUCAUAAUAAGUCAGGUGAAUACUGCUUCAGUCUGAAUAAAAAUGAGACCAGAUACGAUUUGCAAAAUUUAAAACCUUUUACAAAGUAUAGUGUAUCAUUGUAUGCCUACAUCAAAGCAAAAGUGCAGCGUAAUGGAACUGCUGUGAGAUGCAAUUUUCGAACAAAUGCAGACUGUCCAGGUGAAGUUGAGAACGUGAGUGUCUCCCUGAAAUCAGAUAAUAGUAUGCUUAUUAUAUGUGACGCUCCUAAGGACAUUAAUGGCCCCAGUGCAAGCUACCACUUGGAAGUUAAAACUGGAGAUACUCUAGUUAGACAUGAAUCAAAAGUUACCUGCAAUUUCCUUGUAGAAAAUCUUCAAUAUUCAACAGACUAUAAGCUUGAGGUAUAUUGUCACAAUGGGGAACACAGAGGACCUAAAUUUUCUACUACUUGCUCAACAUCUUAUAAUUCUCAAGCACUGAUUAUAUUUCUGGCAUUUCUGAUUAUUGUGACAUCAAUAGCCCUGCUUGUUGUUCUCUAUAAAAUUUAUGACCUGCAUAAAAGACGAUCCUGCAAUUUAGACGAACAACAGGAACUUGUGGAAAGGGAUGAUGAAAAACAGCUAAUGAAUGUGGAGACAAUUCAUGCAGAUGCUUUGUUGGAAACUUACAAGAGAAAGAUCGCUGAUGAAGGAAGACUUUUCCUGGCUGAAUUUCAGAGCAUUCCACGGGUCUUCAGCAAGUUUUCUAUCAAGGAUGCUCGAAAGCCCUUUAACCAGAAUAAAAACCGUUAUGUUGACAUCCUUCCUUAUGAUUACAACCGUGUUGAACUCUCUGAGAUAAAUGGAGAUGCAGGGUCAAACUAUAUAAAUGCCAGCUACAUUGAUGGUUUCAAGGAACCCAGAAAGUAUAUUGCUGCCCAAGGUCCCAGAGAUGAAACUGUUGAUGAUUUCUGGAGGAUGAUCUGGGAACAAAAAGCCACUGUUAUUGUCAUGGUUACUCGAUGUGAGGAAGGAAACAGGAACAAGUGUGCAGAAUACUGGCCGUCAAUGGAAGAGGGCACUCAGACUUUUGGAGAUGUUGUCGUAAAGGUCACCGAGCACAAAAGAUGUCCAGAUUACAUCAUUCAGAAAAUGAACAUUACAAAUAAAAAAGAAAAAGCGACUGGAAGAGAUGUGACUCACAUUCAGUUUACCAGCUGGCCGGACCACGGGGUGCCUGAAGAUCCUCAUCUGCUCCUCAAACUGAGAAGAAGAGUGAAUGCUUUCAGCAACUUCUUCAGUGGUCCCAUCGUGGUGCACUGCAGUGCUGGUGUUGGGCGCACAGGCACCUAUAUUGGCAUUGAUGCCAUGCUAGAAGGGCUGGAAGCUGAGAACAAAGUGGAUGUUUAUGGUUAUGUUGUCAAGCUAAGGCGGCAGAGAUGCCUGAUGGUUCAAGUGGAGGCACAAUACAUCUUGAUCCAUCAGGCCUUAGUGGAAUACAAUCAGUUUGGAGAAACAGAAGUGAACUUGUCUGAAUUACACCCAUAUCUUUACAACAUGAAGAAAAGAGACCCACCCAGUGAGCCAUCUCCACUGGAGGCUGAAUUCCAGAGACUUCCUUCAUAUAGGGGUUGGAGGACACAGCACAUCGGAAAUCAUGAAGAAAAUAAAAACAAAAACAGGAAUUCUAAUAUCAUUCCAUGUUUGGAAAGUUACUGGAAACCUGAAGUGAUGAUUGCUGCUCAGGGACCAUUAAAAGAGACCAUUGGGGACUUUUGGCAGAUGAUAUUCCAAAGAAAAGUCAAAGUUAUUGUGAUGCUGACAGAGCUUAAGCAUGGAGACCAGGAAAUCUGUGCUCAGUACUGGGAAGAAGGAAAGAAAACAUAUGGAGAUGUUGAAGUUGAUAUAAAAGACACAAACAUAUCUUCAACUUACACAGUUCGUGUAUUUGAACUGAGACAUUCCAAGAGGAAAGAUUCUCGAACUGUGUACCAGUAUCAAUAUACUAACUGGAGUGUGGACCAGCUUCCUGUAGAGCCCAAAGAAUUAAUCUCUCUGAUUCAGAUCCUCAAACAAAAACUUCCCAAAAAGAAUUUCACUGAAGGGAAUAAGUAUCACAAGGGUGUGCCUCUCCUGAUUCACUGCAGAGAUGGAUCUCAGCAAACAGGAAUAUUUUGUGCUUUGUUAAAUCUCUUGGAAAGUGCAGAAACAGAAGAGGUAGUAGAUGUUUUUCAAGUAGUAAAAUCUCUACGCAAAGCUAGGCCAGGAAUGGUUUCCACAUUUGAGCAAUACCAGUUCCUAUAUGACAUCAUUGCCAGCACCUACCCUGCCCAGAAUGGACAAGUAAAGAAAAACAAUCAAGAAGAUAAAAUUGAAUUUGAUAACGAAGUGAACAAUGCAAAGCAGGAUGCUAAUUGUGUCAGUCCACUUGGUGCCCCAGAUAAGACCCGUGAUGGAAACAAAGAGGCUGAAGGUUCUGAACCCACAGAUGGCACCGAGAUGCCAGAACAUUCUGCCAAUGGUCCUGAGAGUCCAGCUUUAACUCAAAAUACAUAGGAAAAGACAUAAAUGGGGCAACUCAGAACCUCAUAUUAGUUGUUUCUAUUAUCUAGAAGUAGGAGGGGAAAAUAGGUAUACAGUAGACUACGGAAGUACAUUGGACCAAUGUUUGUGGAAAGCUUUUCUUUUUCUACUGUGGAAGAAAUAUUUAAGAUAGUUUUGGCAAAACAUUUUGUACAGUCUUUUGCUUAUUUUAAAAUUUUAUAUCUCAUUCA